AUGGCCAAGCUCAAGACCCCUUCGAAAAAGGAACUCAUCGAAGAGAAUCGGGUACUGCGAGCUGAAAUGCAAGCAGCCACGUUCAUGAUCCCCCUCGUCGGGCAGCCUGAAACUCCAUCUGAACCUCGGGCCGCUGUCGAACCCAAAUUCUCAGCAAACUAUACGGACCAGAUGAUCGUCGCGUUGCUCGAAGUGCGGUUUGGCUGGUUUCGUGACGACUUCGCCGGUAGUAAGUCGAACAAGCAGCUGGCUUGCCUGUGGGAAAAGGUCGCCCUGCAAUUCAACAUACUCACGUCGGCAUCAGUUCGUAUACCAAGUACCUCCCUCAAGAACAAUGUAUAUGCUAUCAAAUUACAGUACAACAACAUCAAGAAGUGUGAACGAAAGAGAAAACGCAUUGUUGCUGGUGAAGUCGACAGGCAGCGUCAACUACGGAAGCACGGCAAGACAGACGUCGGGGCGGGGCUAGUGUCGCUCGGUGCUGCACUCGCACAAGGGAUGGUGGAUGCCGCUACCAUUUCGAAAGAGUCACCGGAUAAGUCCAACGGGUUUAGCGCGAUACUCGAGAGGACUGAAGCUGCACUAGCCAAAUCUGCUGCCGUCCAAGAAGAAACUAAGAUCGCACUGCAACGGGGUAAUGAGCUUCAAGAGCAACUUUUAGCGUUUCUCAUGAAUAAAUUUACGGAAUAA